UUGUCUGCAUACGUAUUCUACCAUGAAAGAAAAACAGAGCUUAUCAGCAAGUGGAUUCAAGAGUCUCUAAAAUUACAGGAGAGAAAAAAACCUGUAAAUAACUUGACUUACCCAGCUUUCAAGCACCCCUUGGCUCCUCCGUACCCAUUUCCAUACAAGUUCAUCAUUAAUCAGCCAGAUAAGUGCAAGGAUCGGACACCUUUCCUUGUUAUAAUGGUCAUUGGAGAGAGUCAUGACGUAGAGUCUAGACACACAAUUCGCAAAACAUGGGGUAAUGAAAGUAUUUAUGAUGCUAACGUGGUCACGAUUUUUCUGGUGGGUAUACCUAAAGUUGCUCCUGACGCAACACAGAAGUUGUUGGAGGAGGAAAGCCUGGCCUUUGGGGACAUCAUACAACAAGACUUUAUGGACACCUAUUACAACUUGACCUUGAAAACCUUAAUGGGUAUGGAAUGGGUGACCAAAUUCUGCCCUUCUGUCAGCUAUGUCAUGAAGAUAGACAACGACAUGUUUCUCAAUGUAGACUAUUUGGUCCAUCAGUUUCUUAAUCCAGGCUUACCCAUUCGUAACAAUUACUUCACAGGAGCCAUAGUUGCCAACACUGGACCUUUGAGGAGCCGAGCAUACAAGUGGUACGUACCCAAGGAAGUUUAUCCAAAUGAUACUUACCCACCCUAUUGCUCUGGCCCUGGAUAUUUAUUUUCAGUGGAUAUGGCAAAAAAAAUCUAUGAUGUGGCCCAAGAAAUUAGGGUCAUCCCCAUGGAAGAUGCUUUUAUGGGAAUUUGUUUGUAUGAACUUCAUAUUCCACCUACUGCACCCCCUGCUGGCAUAUUUAAUGGAUUCAGGCUAGAAUAUGACCUUUGCAGAUUUAGGAAAGUUGUCACAGUGCAUCAUUUUGCUGGAAAAGAGCUACGGACUGUAUGGGCAGACUUUUGGGCUAAGAGAAACCAGAAGUGCUAAGAAAACUGAAUUUCUUUUUGUAGAAAUUAAAAAUAACCGGAGACUGUUUUUUUGUGAAAUUCACAUGAAAAGUAAAAUUCUCAAUGAUGAAGAAACUUUUUAGGAAACUGCUUUGGGCCUAUUAGGGUGUGCUAAGCUGAUGGUGAUGAGGUUGCCUGACUGAGACCCUCCAUUAUUAGCUACAGCUGGGAGCCAUAUUUACUGAGGUUCUUAAGGACAAUAAUCAAACUUUUAUCUCAAUAGGUGUCAUAUAAUAGAUGAUCAUACUUGUAGCACCAUAACAGGAUGAGCAUAUACUGAAUGGUUCAUUAUGUUAUAUCAAUGAUCAGACACUGAACAUCCCCAUUAUGUAUAAUUUAUAUGCAAGAUUUUAUAUACAGUACAUGUUCUAUUUAUUUAAUUUAUGGACAUUUAUGUAAAGGGUAAUAUGCCAAUAGAGGGGCACCACGGCACAUUCCAGGCUGGGUUAGACUGGUCUACCAGAGUACCUAAGGACCAUUUGGUAGGCCAUCAUUUUCUCAAAAUAAUAAGUGCCUACAGCAAUGGAGCCACAAGGACCAGCAGAAGACUACCCCAAAUAACCUAGAAGACCCUAUUAAUGGGGUAUGACAUGUGUACAGUACAAAGUUUAGAUGCAGAGUGGAUGUGCUUAUGUUCUGUAUAGUUGUAGGGUAGAUCUUCAGAACCAUUUCAUUAAGUGAGCCUAAGGAACCCCAUUCACACCUGGGUCCUUGAGCCUGAAGGGUCCCUAAAGUUUCUGCUGUUCCACAGAUGGACACCAGUUACAGAUUUUGCACUGGGGUCCACAGCUUCAUGCAAAAAUUGUGUAAAAUGUGCUGCAAAAUAUUUUAUGAUGUUAUAUGAGUUUCUCACAUGACUUCCCAUUGAUAGUAAAUAAAACUUUUAAAUUAAGCCUUUUUGUGAUUUUAAGAUAAUUCUCUGGUCAGCCAAAUGUUAUUGGUGGGUCCCAGAAAUCGCCACAUCUACCUCUGAGGUCCACCACCCAAAAUGGCUUUUCCAUAACAUAGAAACAUAGAAACAUAGAAUGUGUUGGCAGAUAAGAACCAUUUGGCCCAUCUAGUCUGCCCAAUAUAUCUGAAUCCUAUGAAUAGUCCCUGGCCCUAUCUUAUAUGAAGGAUAGCUUUAUGCCUAUCCCAUGCAUGCUUAAACUCCUUCGCAGGAAGGCUAUUCCAUGCAAGGUGCAACCUUCCAAAUCUGUACACCUAAAGCAAAUGGUUUUCAUGAUCUUUUCUAGCCCAUUUUCUAUCAGGCAGGCUUUUGAAGCAGCAGGCCAAUUCUGACUAUACUGUCAAUCCCCUGGGUUUACACGCACUCAAGCUUACAUUCCUCAAUAGUGAUGGCCGAACAUCGGCUGGGACGUUUCGUGAACGCUCGUUCGCGAUCAAAUGUUUGCAGCGGGUCCCCAUUCACUUUAAUGGCAUGCAAACCUGAAAAACCUU